CGCACCCCCUCGCGGAGGGAUCAGCUGAGCGGCCAAACGGCACGGUCGGGGGAGCCCCGAGUCCGCAGCUGCAGCGGGGCCUGAGACCAGAGUUGGCGAGGGCAAGGAAGGAGCGGCCCAGGGCAGUGGGGGCGGGGCCGGGCGGGCCCGAGAACAGCCGAAUUUGGCCGAGCGCUGCCGAGCGAGUCCGAGGCGCUGGGCCAGGCCGGAGCCGGACUACGGGAGCCGAGGCGGGCCGCGCGGUGGGCGCGGAGAGGAGCGGAGCGGCGCGGCAGGCCGGGCGGGUGGCGGCAGCAGCGGAGGAGGCCGCAGCUGCGGGUCCGAGGAGCGGAGGCGACGCGGGCGGCGGCGGGGGGCCGGGUGGCCGGGGUCCCGGGCCCCGCGGCGGCGGCAGCGGCGGCGGCGGCGGCAGGAUGAUCAAGCUGUUCUCGCUGAAGCAGCAGAAGAAGGAGGAGGAGUCGGCGGGCGGCACCAAGGGCAGCAGCAAGAAGGCGUCGGCGGCGCAGCUGCGGAUCCAGAAGGACAUAAACGAGCUGAACCUGCCCAAGACGUGUGAUAUCAGCUUCUCAGAUCCAGACGACCUCCUCAACUUCAAGCUGGUCAUCUGUCCUGAUGAGGGCUUCUACAAGAGUGGGAAGUUUGUGUUCAGUUUUAAGGUGGGCCAGGGUUACCCGCAUGAUCCCCCCAAGGUGAAGUGUGAGACAAUGGUCUAUCACCCCAACAUUGACCUCGAGGGCAACGUCUGCCUCAACAUCCUCAGAGAGGACUGGAAGCCAGUCCUUACGAUAAACUCCAUAAUUUAUGGCCUGCAGUAUCUCUUCUUGGAGCCCAACCCCGAGGACCCACUGAACAAGGAGGCCGCAGAGGUCCUGCAGAACAACCGGCGGCUGUUUGAGCAGAACGUGCAGCGCUCCAUGCGGGGUGGCUACAUCGGCUCCACCUACUUCGAGCGCUGCCUGAAAUAGGGUUGGCGCAUACCCACCCCCGCCACGGCCACAAGCCCUGGCAUCCCCUGCAAAUAUUUAUUGGGGGCCAUGGGUAGGGGUUUGGGGGGCGGCCGGUGGGGGAAUCCCCUGCCUUGGCCUUGCCUCCCCUUCCUGCCACGUGCCCCUAGUUUUUUUUUUUUUUUAACACCAUGUGAUUAAGGUCGGCGCUGCCUCCCCCGACCCACUCAGCGAUGGGAAAUGAAUUGGCUUGUCUAGCCCCCCUGCUGGGUGCUUGUUCAGCCCCCACUCUGGGCUGUGGAGUGGGUGGGCAAAGGGCCUGGGUAGCUGGGCCCAGGCAACCCACCCCUCCACCUCUGGAGGUCCCACCAGGCUAUUAAAGGGGAAUGUUACUGCA